AUGGCCCAGACGAUUGGAUUUGUCGGCGUUGGGGCCAUGGGGAAGGAGAUGGUGAUCAACCUGGUCAAGAAGACGCCAAAAGGAACCAAGCUGUACAUUCACGACGAAAUCAUCUUCACGAUGCUGCCCGAGGGCCGCCACGUGCGCGCCGUGUACCUGGACGGGCCGGCGAGCAUCCUCCAGGCGGACCUGGCCGGCAAGAUCCUGCUGGAGUGCUCGACCAUUGACACGGCGACGAGCCUCGACGUGCUGGCGGCGCUGCGCGCGGCCCACCCGACGGCGGCCUUUUACGACGCGCCCGUGAGCGGCGGCGUGCUGGGCGCGCGGCACGCGACGCUGGGCAUCUUCGUGGGCGCGUCCGACGGCGGCGACGACCCGCACUGGGCCACGCUGCGCGCGCUGCUGGGCCUGCUGGGCCGCAGCGUGAUUGCGUGCGGCGGGCCGUCGCUGGGGCUGGUGGCCAAGCUGAGCAACAACUACUUGUCCGGCACCAUUGCCAUUGCGACGGCCGAGGCCAUGAACAUGGGCAUGCGCGCCGGCUGCGACGCGCGCGUGCUGGCGCGCGUCAUCCACGCCGGCUCCGGCCAGAACCACGUCGCUGACAAGUUCAACCCGGUGCCCGGCAUCAGCCCGGACGCGCCGGCCAGCCACGGCUACCGCGGCGGCUUCAAGGUCGAGCUGAUGCGCAAGGACAUGGGCCUGGCCGUCGACAUGGCGAAGCGCGUCGGCGCCCGGCUGGUGCUCGGCGACGCGAGCAUGCACACGUACGCCGCGACGAGCGCCGACCCCAGGUGCCAGAGCCUCGACUCGCGCGUUGUCUACCGGUACAUUGGCGGCAAGGAGGACUGGGAGUAG